AUGUCGACUACACAGACAGUCACUGCUCGACAAGACAGCGGGCUCAUUGAUGACAUCGAGAAGAAGGACGUUCACACUCCUUCCAGCAACGAGAAACUUGAUUAUGUGGAGACCAUCGACUUUGACUCGACGGAUGAUCGGUCGGAGCAGCUGCGUCUGAAAGAGGUCGAAGAGCUCGAGGCUCGACUCGCAACUGGCAUCGCGGAUGAUAAGGAAUAUCUUGUCAGUGAUGCUCAUGAUCUAGUCAUUAAGGUUUUGAGUACUCGUGACGACUACGAGCUCCCCGUUCUUACAUUUCGAAUGCUUUUCCUUGGUCUUGGCUUCUCUGCUUUUGGCUCGGUGUUAGCGCAAUUGUACUACUUCAAACCACAGACGCUUUCUGUGUCGCAAGGCUUUCUGUUGAUUAUACUAUACUUUUUCGGAAAAGCUUGGGAAAAGGCGCUCCCUUCGCAUGGGCUUUGGUGGUAUCUCAAUCCUGGCCCUUUCAAUAUCAAGGAGCACGGUGCCGCUCUGAUCAUGGCGUCUACUGCAAGUUCUUCUGCGACAGCUAUCCAAGUUAUCUCAGUUCAAGAUCUUUACUAUGGAAAUAAGCUGAACCCUGCAGUGGCUAUAUUCACCCUCUUGUCCUCUCAGUUGAUUGGCUACUCAUUUGCUGGGUUGCUCAUUGAGGCUCUGAUCUACCCCUCCGUGACGUUUUGGCCAUCGAGUAUAACCCCAGCUAACAUGUUCCAAGCGCUUCAUUUCGAUGGUGGUCUAUCAAGCAAACGAACCAAAAUUUUCUGGCUUGUCUUUGCAGCUAUAUUUUGCUAUGAGAUCAUUCCCCAGUGGAUAUUCCCAUUGUUGACUGGCGUGAGUAUCUUCUGUCUCGUAGAUAAUUCCUCGGGUACUUUUCGCAAUAUCUUUGGCGGUGCAAGCAAUAAUGAGGGGAUGGGGCUCUUAGCCGUGUGUUUCGAUUGGAAUCUUAUCGGAUCGCCGUGUUUAUAUACCCCUCUCUGGACCCAGCUAAAUCAAAACAUUGGCAUCUGCCUCACUUACAUUCUCAUGUCGGCUGUCUACUACGGUAACAUCUGGCAAGGAAAGAGGUUUCCGUUCAUGUCUCAAGCAAUUUUCGAUAUCAAUGGUAACCAAUACAAUCAAACAGCCAUCUUAACGAACAACAAGUUUGACCCAGCCAAAUUCGAACAAAUCGGGCCGGCGUAUUUUUCUUCGACGAAUGCACUAUAUUUCAUUACCGCUAAUCUUGCCAUGGGCGCAACCCUAGUACACGUUGUCCUCUUCUAUCACGAUCAGUUGAUGCCAUUUAUACGGGCGUUCAACCCUUGGAACAAAACAGUCAGUGUUGUACACGAUGAGCAUUAUAUUGUUAUGAAACGCUACGACAAAGUUCCCAAAUGGUGGUUCCUAUGUCUGCUUGUAAUUGCCUAUUCGAUUUCACAGGCGACCGAUUACACAGGAAACUCGCACUUUACCUGGUGGCAGCUUACAGUGAUUCUGGUCAUAUCUUUAGUUUUCACAAUGGCCUACUGCACCACGUCGGCCAUACUAGGGUUUGCUCAGUUUAGCACUCAAUUAGACGGUUUCUACUCUAUGAUAGCUUCAUAUAUGGUUCCCGGGGACCCAAUCGCGAAUAUGUACGCUGCACUUUACGGCAGCCAGCCGACCGUACAGGGCAUCAUGCUUUUGGGUGAUUUGAAGCUUGGACAGUAUCUGAAGAUUCCACCGAAGAUCAAUUUCCUCGUUCAAGUUCUUGGAUGUGUUGUCGGUGCACUCCUUAACUAUGUCAUGGAGCUCUCCAUCGUCGCAAAUCAACGCGCCGCGCUGCUCACGAUAGCCGGCACUCGUUUAUGGUCGGGCCAGAACGCUCAGUCUUUCAACUCGAAUGCGAUUGCUUGGGGCGCUUUGGGCCGAGAAAUGUUCAGCCCUGGGAAGACCUACUACAUGGUUCCAGUUGCGCUAGCCCUUGGUGCACUCAUGCCAAUCCCACAAUACCUGCUCCACCGUCGAUUCCCCAGGAACAAAUUUCUGUCGAACUUUAACACCGGCAUUGUCAUGCAGUAUUCAUGCUUCUUGUCCGUUGGUAUCAACACGUCUGUAAAUACUUCUAGUCUCCUUGGUAUAAUGUCACAAUGGUGGAUGCGCACAAAGCACCCAAGGUGGUUCACAAAGUAUAAUUACAUUAUUUCCGGCGCGCUUGACGGAGGAACGCAAGUUAUUUCUUUCAUUCUCAAUUUGGCCGUGUUUGGUGCAGCGGGAACAGAGGUGGACUUUCCUCAGUGGUGGGGUAAUGAUUUCAAUCUCUCAGCAGACCGAUGUGCAGCUCCCGCAUAA